ACUAACACAAUUUAGAUUUUAGAUUUUAGAUACAUUUAGACAGCGAAGUUAAAAAAGGAUUUGUUUCUUUAAAGGCGCCAAUAGCACUUCAAGAAGAAGUUUUUAAAUUUAAAAUCAACAACUACUGUUUUAAAUUUAUUUAUUCACGGAUUCUUUUUUACUGCAGGUGCUCACAGCUCUUUACUAGCUUGCAGCGCACAUGCUUCCCGAGUUCUUAUGCAGCGAUAUCGUGCCCAUUCAGACUUCAGUCAAAAUAAUUCAUUAAUCUGUACACACCUCCCUAACUCAAACUCAACACCAUUACAGCAUUACCCAAAUUGCACAUAUUUCAAGUCAACAUACACAACAGAUGCCGGUAGCUCGGAGUCCAUUGAAAAGUUCCGUGAGCGCGAGGAACAGCGUGAACGUGAAUUUGAGCAGAAAAAGGCAGAUGAAGAGAAAAAAGCUGAAGAUGAGGCUAAAAGUGCAAAAAUUGAUGCUAUACGCACACAAAUUUUAGAGGCUGCAUUGUCACAUGUGCCCACACUGGGUUGGACACGUAAUGCAAUUGUGAAGGGCGCUGAGGAAGCUGGCUUUCCCAGCGUUGUGCAUGGCAUGUUUCCUGAAGGUGGUUAUGCGCUCGUUUCCUACUUCUAUGGAAAGUGCAACGAUGAAGUUGUGCGACGUUUGCAGGAGGACACACACAAUGGCACUCUGGCAGUUGGCGAUCCUUUGGACUUUUUAGUCCGUGCGGUGCGAACACGACUUGAAAUGAUAAUCCCUUACAAGGCGCAAUGGCCACAGGCUUUGGCACUGAUAGCGAUGCCACAAAAUGCUGCCACAUCGUUGGCUCAGGUCUUGACCCUGGUCUUCGGUUGGUAUACACGUCGCAUUGGUCUAGCGACAAUAUUAAAAAUGACGGAACUAUUUAUGCUGCAGGACAGCUCGAUAGAUCAUGCCAAAACAUGGGAGUUCCUAAAGAAUCGCAUGGAUGAAGCAGUACAAAUACAAAUGAUGCUGUCACAAACUGAGGGAAUGACACAAAAUUUUACGCGUUCCUUUAACUCGGCAUUUGUAACUGCACGCAACAUAUUGGGCAUUGAUUAUACGCGUAGGUAA